AUGGUCGAGACAGAAGAUGUAGGUACUGUUGACGGUGUUGUUGUUGUUGAUACAGAACCGGACGAACCGGACGAACUGGGCGAAUUGGAAGUGGUCGUAGUGGUUGACUGCAAAGUUGGAGAAACAACAGGCGAACCGGUAGACGAACUGCUGGACGAACCGUUGGACGAACUGCUGGACGGUAUGCUGGAUGGCGAACUGCUGGAUGGCGAGCUGUUGGAUGAGCUUGUCGUAGCUGUGCUUGCUGAACUAGCAGUAGACGCUGCGGAGCUUGUAGCACCCGAAGAAGAAGAAGCGUUGCUACUUGAUACGCUGCUUGAUGACGGGCUUGAUGUUGGACUUGAAAAUGUGGGUGUUGUACUAGGCGUUGAACUGGGUGUUGUGGGUGAGGAGCUGCCAGAUGACAAACUGCUGGACGAGGAAGUUGUGGCAGACGUGCUUGGCGAGCUGAUCGUAGAUGCUCCGGAGCUCACUGCACUUGAAGAAGUUGAGGCUGUGCUUGACAGAGUCGGCGUACUACUGCCGCUUGUCGCGCUCGACCCACUGGAUGGGCCAGUUGAAGUGGAUGAAGCACUUGAGGUAGAUGAAGCACCUGAGGUGGAUGAGGCACUUGAAGAUGUGGUUGCAGCACUAGAUGGCGUGCUACUCGGGCUAGACGCCGUGGUUGAAGAUGUUGAUGACGAAGGACUGCUGGUGGUCGAGGGUUUCGUUGACGAGGGACUACUGCUGGUCGGUGAACUAGUUGGUGUACUUGUUGGCGCGACUGAUGAACUUGGUGAUGUGCUUGUGAAGCUCGAAGAAAUCGAUGUGGCCGUGGAUGUGAAUGAGGAAGGAGAGGUAGGGGAGGACGUGAUUGAAGCAGACGUGGGAGAGGAUGAGGGAGAAGAGGAAGGAGAGGGAGAGGGAGAGGAAGAGGAAGCCGACGAGGAAGCCGACGAGGAAGCCGACGAGGAAGCAGGUGAGGAAGCAGUUGAGGAAGCUGAUGAAGACGCCGAUGAAGACGCUGAUGAGGAACCUGACGCGGAAGCUGACGCGGAAGCUGAGGAAGAAGCCGAAGAGGAGGCUGAGGAAGAAGCCGAGGAAGAAGCCGAGGAAGAAGCCGAGGAAGAAGCUGAGGAAGAAGCCGAUGAAGACGCCGACGAGGAGGCCGAUGAUGAGGCCGAUGAGGAAGCUGAGGAAGAAGCCGAUGAGGAAGCAGACGAGGAAGCUGUUGAAGAUGCCGACGAAGGCGCCGAUGAGGAAGCUGAGGCUGUCGAGGACGCGACCGAGGAUGAGACAGUCGAAGAGGCAGUCGAAGAGGCAGUCGAAGAGGCACUUGAAGAGGCAGUCGAAGAGGCACUUGAAGAGGCAGUCGAAGAGGCAGUCGAAGAGGCAGUCGAAGAGGCACUUGAAGAGGCAGUCGAAGAGACACUUGAAGAGACACUUGAAGAAGUACUCGUAGUAGUAGUGGAACUAGCGGCACUGGAUGACGCCGAUGAACUUGAUGUCGACGUUGGCCCUCCCGACAGAGAAGGUGUAGCUGCUCAACCAGUCAGUAGAAGGCUCUCUGAAACAAGUGUCACUGGUUGCGGAAAACCCAACAGACGGCUACUAUAA